GGAUAACCAAUUGCUCUGAACUUACCAUCCACAGGAAAGCAAUGAUAACAAGAAGAUGGAAGACACAAGAUGGGAUCAAAGAAUCCAAGCAUUAACACACAUAAUAACCAAUCCCACAACUAAACCAUCCUUGGAUUCACAAAUCUUCAUUUCUAGCCAAGUCCCAUGUUACCUUAACUGGGACUAUCCACCAAUUCUGUGCACCAAAUAUUCCACUAACACUUUCCCUUCUGUGAAUCUGAGAUGGGCUCUUUCAGUUUUUCUGAAAAGGGUUUCAAGACUUGGGGCACCUGAAACUUCUUGGAGGUCCAAAUGCCCAUACCAACAACCCCCUCCAUUGAUACUGGCCAAGGGAUUAGAGGAAGCUCACUGGGGAGAUGAACAGAGGAGACUGUAUGUGAGGAAAAGGUUUAAAAGGAGACAUUUAGGAAGUGAUGUUCACCCUUUGAUUCCAUUUAUUGUGCCUAAUCUCUUGUUGUUCUCGCUUUUGCUUUGGAACCCAUUUCCAAUUGAUGGGACAGAUUCUUGAAUUUUGGAGCUUUUUUGUGAGGGGUUGGUUGUUCCUAGUUUUAUUUACUUUAGUCCUAAUUGCAAGUUUUUCUUUCUUUUUCCUGAUAAAGAUUUGGUAAAGAAAUUAUAUCAAGUUAGUAAAUUUGGAAGUAUUUGCAUAGAAGAAUUGCUUAUGUAUUGGAUAAAUGCUUCUCUUUUUUAACUUCAGCGAAGAUGUUCAAAGUUUCAUUAGUGCUGCUUUAUGUAGAAUGAAGCUUUGGGAUUGAAGUCAAUGUUGAUACACAAUAAAAGGAUAGUCCGGUGCGCUAAGCUUUCGCUGCCUGCAUGAUCUGGUAAGGCCCAGGGCCGGACUAAGCUUCCGCUGUCUGCAUGAUCUGGGUAAGGGCCAGCGCCGGACUACAAGAUUGAUACAUAAUAUACCCCUAAUACUUAUGACAAAACAAAUUGUGACUAUGUAAAUUGCAUUUUCAAUACUGAAAAUGCAUUUUGGACCUCAUGGGUGUACUCGCGUCGAACUUUGGCGAACUAUAGCACGCCUUUAAGUGCCAAGAAAAUAUGCUGGAGAAUGCCCAAUGCACCGUUGAAGCUAAAACGGAUGGAUCAUAUUUGGGUAGCUUGAGUGAAAGUGGUGAAGGUAGUAUACUUAGGAAUGAAACAGGAGAGUUUUUAUAUGCAUUUUGUGUGGUUUGGACAGCAAACUAACAAUCAAGAUUAAGCUUUGGGUUGUUGCAUGGAAUGUAGUGGUGUUUCGACUAUGGCUUGAUUAUAAGAAUAGAAGUCAUUGGAGAUAGUAAUGUUGUAACAAAAGUUUGGAGAAUAUCUUGGCACAUUGAUUUCUUA